CACGGGCACGGAGUGAGAGAGAGAAGCUGGCGGUUUCGCCAAGUUUCGCGUGAUGCGGAGUGGAGGGUCUGUUUGAAUGGGUGCGGCAUUCGCUUCCUUUCGUCUUCGUGUCCCAGGCCAUGUGUUCGGGGAGUCUAGAAACGCCGCCAUAAACACGCCAGGACUUCCGGCCCGACGCUUUGGGACUCCCGACACUUUUCGAACCCUUCCGCCUCGCCCGUCGAAAAACUCCCCGAGGUUCGGGUGGUCGGUCCGGAGCGCGAAAGAUCGCCCUCCCGCGUCGGCGUGACGUCUCCGGUCGGCCAGGCCAAUGGGAUAUUUGCUAAAUAUUUGCGUGCGCAGCGGUUUUAAAGGUCAUGAACUCUAACCUUCCUGUGUCGCGGAGACUUCGACGACGCAGCCGGCGGAGCAACAAGCCGCGGCGCUCCCGGGUACCGCUACGCCGCCCGCCUAGCGUGACGACGACUCGCUUGGGGUCACACCGCCGGCGCGGCAGGCAAGGUCAGUUGCGUGGUCGCCGUGCCCUUUGCGCUUGGAGGAAAGUCGCCCGUGCAACCUGUGACAACCGGCCUGCGGCGGAGGGCUCGAGGGCCAGCGAGCUCGGCGCUGCCCCAGAGGUCCGCGGCAGCUGCACGCGUGCCGCCUGCCCGUCGUGCUGCGCUGACCCACGUCGUACGACUCCGGCUGUCAUCGCGCUGCCAGCACCGUCGCGACAGAGCAGCAUUUCAGCCAAGUGGUGCAGCAUGCAGUGCUGAAGGUGGUACUUGAGAAGUCCGGCCAAUGGCGUCGGUGGACUCUCAAGACAGUGUGGAUGUCAAGGAGGAGCGACACAGUCCGACGUCGCUGGCUGGGGGAUCAGACAAUGGGAGCAGCCCUGGAAGCCCUGAGUCUGGUGAAACCCAGGAAAAUGGCGCAGCGCUUGGUGCAGAGUGGCUUGCGUUGCGGUUGCACGAACUGCAAGAGCCGCGGCGCGGUGCCACGGCUGCGGCAGCGUCUGUGCUCCCCGUGUCGAACGUCGUCGAACAGUGCGUGGUGUGUGGGGACCGGGCGUCGGGGCGCCACUACGGUGCUGUGAGCUGUGAGGGCUGCAAGGGCUUCUUCAAACGCAGCAUCCGCAAGCAGCUAGCGUACACGUGUCGUGGUAGCCGGGACUGUCAAGUGACCAAGCACCACCGGAACAGGUGCCAGUACUGCCGGCUACACAAGUGCCUCUCCAUGGGCAUGCGUGCCGACUCUGUGCAGUCGGAGCGCAAGCCCAGCGCAGAUUCGGCCGGCCGAUGUGAAAAAGGCUGCGAGCACCCUCCUCACGUCCGUGGGUGGCCUCUCAAGCCACGCAGUGAACAUGACUCACAGGCAGAUGCCGCAUGCACUGGCCUCGCACAGCAUGAACAGCAGAACUCAAAAACAAGUGGCAACAAGGAUGGUCCUAUCCCUGUGGGCACCAACUGGGCACCUUGGGACGAAGAUGGCGAAGACCAGGCUGCUGAUGAAGAGUCAUACUCAAGGUCGAGGCUGAGCCCAUCGUCUGGACCCCUGAUCUCAGAGGAGCAGGCUCUCUUCCGCGUGACCCUUCCGACGACUCCGUUGGGCGGGGCACUCAAUGUGCAUUACGUCUGCGAGAGCGCCUCCCGCAUCUUGUUUCGGUCGCUCCUGUGGACGCGGACCCUGCCAGUGUUUGAGGAGCUGCCGGCAUCGCUCCAGCUGGCACUGGUACAAUCGGCGUGGAGUGAGAUUUUCACCCUGGGGCUGCUCCAGUGUGCGGAGCAGAUGCAACUCUCUACGCUGCUGUCAACGGUGGCGACACACCUGAAUGCCAAGGGGGGCCCUGCCAGCGAUAUCAUGGGCAGCUCUCAGCGUGCCCAGGUGUCCGAGCAUGUGGCUUCUCUGCAGCGCCUCCUCACGGCAGCGCAAAGGUUGCAACCCGACGACCAGGAAUAUGCCUUGCUAAAGUCUCUGGUGCUUUUCUGCCCCGACCGGCCCGGCCUGGGGUCGGAGUGGUGCGCACGUCUGGAGCAGCUGCAGGAGCGCACCUGCCGGGAGCUCGAGUUGCACUCGGGUGGCACCGGUGGCGCCUGGAAUGGGGGCCGUGCGCACCGGCUCUUGUUGCAGCUGGCACCCCUACGUGCCUUGCAGCCCUCGCUGACCGAGGAUCUCUUCUUCGCGGGCCUCAUCGGCAGCGUGCGGAUUGGAAGCAUCCUGCCUUUCAUAUUGCGCAUGGACCCUCAGCAGCUCGAGCGAGGCAUGAAGUCCGAUGCAGUAAGCUGAGCAGUGCUUUCUUUGAAGACGAAGGGUGCCUUUCUACUGCGGCCAGGAGUGCCUUUAUUCAAAAGUUGUCACGAACCCGGUGAUAUACUCAAGUCAAGUGCAGAUAUUAAAGAAAAAAAGAUAUGCCUGGACAGGCAACAUUUCCAAGAAACCUGUUGACCGUGGUGUUCAUACACAUUUUUAUUCCACUAAAGCACAAGCCAAGUUUGCGCUUUGGAACAUUUCUUAUACACAUGUGUUGCACACAUAGCGCUCCAGUAUGAUGAAUUCAACACACGCAAUGUUCUUAUGUAAAAACGAAACAUUAAAAUCGUGCAUAUAUAUUGCUUC